AUGGCCCCAGUCACAGGAAGUUGCUGGUGUAAGGCCGUCAAGUACGAGUUCGAUUAUGAGCCCACAGAGAAGAUCAUCUGCUACUGCAACACCUGCCAGAAAAUCCACUCGGCGCCCUUCGCCGUAAACAUGAUGGUCCCCGCUACAGAAGUCAAGAUCAUCGCAGGGGAAGACCAUCUACAGAGAUACAAAGGCACUCACGUCCUCGGCAUGCCAGUCACCACUGUCUUUUGCAAGAACUGUGGCAGCACUAUGCACAAGAUUGUCGAACUGGAAGGGUACAGUCACAACUUUGCCAUUCCGUCGGCGACUCUGGAUACCGUUGGGGAUACCUUGGGCUCGGAUGUGAUUGGGCCUGCGCAGGAAGCGUUCUUGUCUCAUAAGCCUAAAUGGAUGCCCGAGUUCCCAGGGUUGGAAUAUGCCUCUGCAGGUGGUUCCAAGUGA